CCGCUCUGGAAAGGGAGCACGGAAAAUCGGAGCGCACAGGUCUACAGCGACAGACUCAACCCAGACGAAACACAGCGCGGAGUUCUACACGCACACCACAGCUUCUAGCGCAGGAACGAUUCGCAUUAUAGCUUGACGUUUGACAAAACAAAAUAGCCCAGCGAGGCUGACAUAUCGACAAAACAAAAGUUUUAAAAGAUCCGGGGGACUAGACGAUAAAAACAUCAGUAUAAACACACCAGGAGGGCUUUUCUUUUUCUUGAACUGACGAGAUGCAUCGUUCCACUCUCAUCCUUAUCCUGAUGAUAAUCGCCCUGUACUCCAUCAAUGUGGACGCCUACAAAUGCAAGUGCACCAGGAAGGGGCCCAAGAUCCGGUUCAAGGACGUGCAGAAGCUGGAGAUCAAACCGAAGCACCCCUAUUGCCAUGAGAAGAUGAUCUUCGUCACUAUGGAGAAUGUGUCCCGCUUCAAGGGCCAGGAGUACUGCCUGCACCCCAGACUGCAGAGCACCAAGAACCUGGUGAAAUGGUACACGAUCUGGAAGGACAAGCACAGGGUUUACGAAUCCUAAAUCAGUACAAGAUGGAGCACCACCCCUCACCCCCAUCGCCCCCCGAAGACUUUUAAAA